UUUGACAUCGCGCGUGGUGGCACGUUUUGUCCCGGGUCUCUUGGAUGGACCUAUGUCCAAUCCGUAAUUUAACUCGGAAUUGCCUUCGAAAGUGCGGCAGCUUGCCAAAUCGCAACCGAAAGUUGAAGACCCCGAACUGCAAUCGCUUUGGGUAUCAAGUAUACGCCGCGUUAUCUUGAUCCGACCGAUUGACGUUGUCGGCAACUAGUAACCAGCAACUAAUAUCUACAACUAAAAAACACGAAUUUGCCCAAGACCAAAGCAAGUGACCGUCAAAAUGUCUGACAAUAAAGAUGAUUCUGCCACGCCCAACGCACCUGAGCCGGUGACAAGCCGGGCACCGCCCAGCGGACUAUCGCCUCUGCGGCACAGCCAACUGUCGGACAGUGGAGCGGAGAGCUGCUACGAGGGCGACGAGCAGGCUCGACUCAUCCGGACACCUUCGGCGCGGGCCCACAAAUUUAUCAUUAUCCCGGCAACGCCUGGAACACCCAGCUCAGGCUCCACAGCGGGACCACUGCCCUUCCGUCAGACCAGCUCUACAACAUCCCUGGCAGCCAUGGCGGCGGCGCUCCAAAAACAGCCUCCGCUCCGUCAGAUUUCUGUGAAGUCACGGCCCAACUCGGAGGUGUUGCAAGCCCAGCCGUCACAUCUGCAGGUUCAGCCACCAACAGCGGCCGAGUCGACCUCAACGGUUACCUUCACCAUCGACGACUCUGAUGCCCAGCCCGUGGAUCCCGUACCAGUGUCUGCGCCUGUGCCCGCCAUCUCGCCAUCGCCCGCCACCCUGACCUGCACCACCACAACAACCAUGGCCGGAGAUGCGAUGGCUAUUUCUCCGCUCAGCAUGGGGCUCCGUGCUCGGAUUGGCAGCCACCACAGCAGCAUGCGCUCCGUGGCUUCAGGUUACCUGCCCAGUCUAAAUAACAGCAGUGGUAACCUGGUCGGAGCCAUUACCGCUGCCACAUCCGGAUUACAGGCCCCUAAUCCGCUGUACAUGCAACCGCAGGCCUCGCUGAGCGGCAGUUCCUAUCAGUUUCACGACUUGGCCUCCAACCAGAUCUAUUCCGAUGUGACCUCGGUUCGCUCACUGGCCUCCAUCGGGAUUGGAUCCACGGACGGGCGAAAGCUGGUCAUUCGUCGGGUGCCCACCACGGCCAACGAGCUGUUCGACAUGGUUAAUCCGCAGACACCACCGCCGCUGGGCAUCGAUGACGAUGACAGCUACCUGGACAUAUCCGACGAGGCGGCCCAGCUGAAGCCACGCCAGCAACACUGGGCCAAUAAGAUGCAGUUCGUUUUGGCCUGCAUCGGUUACUCGGUGGGUCUGGGAAAUGUCUGGCGUUUUCCCUACAUGUGCUAUAAAAGUGGAGGUGGUGUUUUUCUCGUACCUUAUUGCAUAAUACUGUUCAUAUGCAGCAUUCCGUUGCUGUUUAUGGAGCUUUCCGUGGGUCAAUAUACUGGCCGAGGACCCAUCGGAGCGCUAGGUCAACUGUGCCCACUGUUCAAAGGAGCCGGCCUGGCCAGUGUCGUUGUCUCGUUUCUUAUGUCCACCUACUAUAGUGUCAUCAUUGGCUACUCCAUCUAUUACUUUUUCACAUCCUUCAAAACCGAAAUGCCCUGGGUGGACUGCAGCAACAGAUGGAACACGCCGGAUUGCUGGGUCCCGCAGCCAAAGGGAUCGAACAUAACUGCGCCGGACACCUCCCGCACACCCUCUGAGGAGUUCUUCGAAAACAAAGUACUCCAGAUUAGUCGCGGGUUGGAGGAUCCGGGAAUGAUGCGCUGGGAGCUUUUUGCCUGCCUGAUCUGUGCCUGGCUAAUGGUCUACUUUGCCACAUGGAAGUCCAUUAAAUCUUCGGCGAAAGUUCGCUACUUCACAGCCACCUUCCCGUUCGUCCUUAUCAUAAUCCUGAUGGGACGGGCCGUGACUCUGGAUGGAGCAGCCGAGGGUCUGAGAUUCUUCUUCCGGCCAAAGUGGUCCGAGCUGAAGAACGCCAAUGUGUGGAUCAAUGCGGCGAGUCAAAACUUCAACUCCCUGGGUAUCACCUUCGGCUCGAUGAUCUCCUUUGCCAGUUACAACAAGUACAACAACAAUAUCCUGCGGGACACGGUGGCAGUGAGUGCAGUGAAUAUGAUAACCAGCCUACUGGUGGGAAUAUUCGCCUUCUCCACGCUUGGAAACCUGGCUCUGGAGCAGAACACCAAUGUCCGCGAUGUCAUUGGGGACGGGCCGGGCAUGAUCUUCGUGGUGUACCCUCAGGCGAUGGCCAAGAUGCCGUACGCCCAGUUGUGGGCCGUCAUGUUCUUCUUUAUGCUCCUCUGCCUAGGAUUAAACUCGCAGUUCGCCAUUGUUGAAGUCGUGGUGACGUCUAUCCAGGACGGCUUCCCGAGGUGGAUCAAACGCCAUCUGGGCUACCACGAGAUAGUAGUUCUCUUCGUUUGCGUGAUCUCCUGCCUUUUCGGAAUGCCAAACAUCAUCCAGGGUGGCAUCUAUUACUUCCAGCUGAUGGAUCACUACGCCGCAUCCGUGACGAUCAUGUUUCUGGCCUUCUGCCAGAUGAUAGCUAUUGCCUGGUUCUACGGCACCGGUCGACUGUCAAAGAACGUCAAGCAGAUGACCGGGAAAGCACCCUCUUUGUAUCUAAAGUCCUGCUGGCUGGUCUUGGGACCUUGCCUGCUUUUUGCCAUCUGGGUGUUGAGCCUCAUCAACUAUCACGAACCCACCUACCACAAUGGACGCUAUACCUAUCCGGACUGGGCCUACGGCAUAGGAUGGAUGUUUGCCUCCUUUUCACUGAUCUGUAUUCCGGGCUAUGCGCUGAUCAACUUCCUGCGCUCCAGCGGUGACACCUUUUGGGAGCGAAUUCGCAACACACUCCGACCGAACAUCUAUGAGUGCAAGAUCUGCGGCGAACACCAUUGUGAACACGAUUUUCCGGAGCAGGAACAAUUCAUGCUGGCCCAGGAACUGGCCACCGUGUACAAGCCCACCAAUAGCCAUUUACUGCAUCUCAGUCAGAAAGGCGGCUACAACCCAAUGCAAGCUUCAACUGCGGAACAUCCGUAUCAUUCCCAAUACAAAGCGCAUCCGGAAAAAGAUGAGAUGAGUGGCAAGUAG